AUGUCGUCCAUGUGGGCCAGCUGCAGCGACGGCGGGAGCCAGCCGCAGGGCAGCCAGGAUGGCCAGCUGUCCGCGGCGGACGCGGCGGCCAGGAGGGAGAGGAGUCGCCUGCAGCAGAAGAAGUCUCGGGAGGGCAGGAAGCGGAGGGAGGAGGAGCUGGAGGGCGCCGUGGGGGAGCUGCGGGAGAAGGUACAAUAUCUGAUGGUAAAAAAUGCGGAAUUGGAGAGAGAAAACGACAUCUUGUGGGCUUAUGUGCAACACUAUGGCGGUCUUCGGAGGCCAGAGACCUUCGCCAAAACGUAG